AUGGUAGACACAAGCAAGGCCAAGGAGGUCCAGCAUGACAAUAUCGAGACGCUCCUAGCGUGGCUGGGGACGUUCAAGGGCUUCCACAACAAGCUCGCCUUAAAGGCUGCCGACGAUGCCGGCCGUGGUCUCUUCGCAUACAGCCAGUCUAUUAGUUCUGGAGAGCCGAUCUUGGUUAUUCCUGCGGCGUCGCUGCUCAACCCCCUCACCCUGGCCAAGUCAGCCUUGAACAGCAUCCCAGCGCAUCUGUUCCCGGCGCCCGCAACCGCAUCACCACGCCGCUCGCCCAACGGUACCGCAAGAUUGACUACAACCCAGCUCCUCACGCUGCAUCUCGCGCUCACGCGCGACCCGCUCAAGCGCCACAAGUCUGAGUGGCAGGUGUUUAUCGACACGCUCCCCGAGUUCCGCCCUCUCCACCCACUCACGUGGGUUGUGCCGGACCCGGACAACGAGGCACCCGACGCCUUCUGGCCCGCGCUCGAGCAGUGCCUCUCUGAGAGUGUGAGGAUCAAGAUCGACGCUGUGCGCCGGCGCUACGAGGCGGACAAGAAGCUGCUGCGCAAUGUGCUUGCCACUGAAGAGCCGUUCAAAGCACAGAACCUGGGCAGCCUAAUCUCGGACGAGACACUGCUGUGGGCUUGGCUCAACGUCAACACACGCACGGUUUCCACGCCGCUUGGGCUGGCCGAGCCGUCGUCGUCGAGGUGGACGGUGAACAACCACUCGUUUGUGCCACUCCUCGAUAUGAUCAACCACACUUCGUUACCUGGUACCGAGUGCCCAAAACCCGAGCCCAUGCCGAGCACCAGCGUCACCAAGCGCGGCGCGCGCGCAGCCGCACGGCCAGGGAAGCAGCACCUUGUUCCAGGCAAGGUGGAUGUUGUAUUGUUCGCGCCGCACCGCGGUCUCGAGGAUGGCGAGCAGGUGCUCUUCCUUUACGGGGCGCAUUCCAACGCAACCCUCUUCGCCGAGUACGGCUUCACGGAAAUUGACCUCUGUGUUAGUCCUUUGACAUGGCCCAACGACGACAUCGAUGUUGGACCAUGGGUCGAGGCGCUGUGGAAGCAGGACGGGAACGACGCGAAGAAGGAGGCGCUCCAACACGCCGGGAUGUGGGAUCACAAUCGCCUGGCUGCGAACGGCGGUGAGCCGUGUCCCUCCGUGGGGCUCAUGACGACGCUGUGCGUUCUCGCGUCGUCCGACGACGCCGUGUUCACGCCACACAACAUGCACGCGCGCAAUUUCUCGCGGCCGACCAAGAUGGCCGCUCGGCGCAUGCUCCAGCGUAUCUGCGAAAGCGUGCUCGCCGACGCAGCAGACUGCAUCGAGGAACUCGUGGAGGUCGGCCCCUCGGCGGGCAAGGACCAGGAGAAGGUGUUCGCCGUCAGCGUCGUCCGCGGUCUGCUUCGUGAGGAGGAAGUUAUCACACGCAGUAUCCUUGAGACGUUGCAGGGUGGCAGCUCGAUCCCGGGCUUCUAA